AUGAUUUUAGGUUCUCAAGAAUAUUCAGUAGAAAAUUAUUGGAAAUAUAUUUAUGUAUCGUUACUCUUUUUCUCGUUAUGCUCAGCUUCAGUAAUACCAAUAAUUUAUACAUACUCACCUAAAUGUAGACAUCAUCCAGCAUAGAUUGUUCUGAUAUUAUGUAAGAUAAUAUAUAUUUUAGGUAUAUUGGAAAUGAUAACUUGCUAUUAAUUAUUUCUAGAUAGUGUUAAUUUUUAAGAAUUGAUUUAUUUUUUAGACAUUGUUAUUGGUUACAAUAAAAUUAGAGAAUAUUAUUUAUUUGGCUAUGGUUAGAUAUCAGAUGAAACAUUAUGUUAAAUAAAUCAAACUCUUGUAUUUUUAGGAUUCUUAGCACAAUUAAAUUAUUAUGCAAUUCUGACAUUAGAUUUUAUACUCACAUUAACUAAACCAUUCUUGAAUACAAAAAUGAAGUAACUAUCAUAUAAUUUGGGGGCAUGUUUUGUGACAAUGUUGAUGUUUUAUAUAGAGAGACAUUCACUUGAUGGAAGUUGUUAAGGAAUAAGUGCAAGACAAGUUUCUUAAGUUUUUACAUUUUAAAUGCUUGCAAUAACUGUAUUAUUAGUAAUUUCAAUAUAUGUGGGACUUAAGGACUUAAAAAAGAUGAAGAAAAUUAAUAUUGUGGUGAGAGAAAAUAGGAAAAAAUUGUUUUACAAUCAUUUAGUAUACUAUUAUUAAACCUAAAUUAGUAUUUAUUUUUAACUUUGGCUUUAAUGUGGAGUCUACCUUUCAUAAUGAAAACUUUAAGUGAUUCAAGUAAAGCCCACAAAUUAAUAAAUAAAAUUUAUUUUGCUAUUAUGCUUUUACAUCGUAAAAUUGUAUUAUUUAUUAUUAGCAUCUAUUUUGUUAUGGAUACGACUUCGUGAACCUUAUUUUAAGAGUAGAACAUUUCUAUUAAUGGCCACUAUUUUUUGUAAAAGAAGAUGGAAAGAAAAUAAAGAGUAAAAAAUAUUCAUUUAUGUCAUUUAGUAAAAAUGUUGAUGAUAGUAUUAUGGAACAAUGUUAAUUGCCUCUAAGUAAAUUAGUCUAAGAUUAAACUAAUUAAGAGACAGUGUCAAAUAUACUUAGUUCAAUACUUAAAAUUGUUAGUUAUGAUGAAAGAAUUACUGAUUUACAUAAAUAAUGUAAAUACAAGAAGUAAUUCAGAUUUUCAUCCAAUAAAAGUGAUUAAUCUGAAAUUGAUUAAGAAUCACCUUUAUUGCAUUCAAUUAAUUAUUCAUUAGAAUUAACAUUACCAUUCUAAAUUUAAGAAUAUGCUCCAGCAGUAUUUUAAGAUAUUAGAGAAAAAAAUGGGAUUUGUCAUAAAUAAUUUCAAAAUUCCUUAAGAUUAGAUCAUAAUUAGAAUUAAAUUAAAAAGACUCAAGAAUCAUUAGGAAAAAGUGGAUCAUUCUUUUUUUAUACUUAUGAUAAUGUUUUUGUCUUGAAGACCAUUACAUAGUCAGAAAUUAAACUAAUUUAUGAUUGUAUUUUAUUUAUUUAAUUUUAUAGUUUUGGAAGACUAUUAUAAAUAUAUAAAUAGAGAUUAAACAUUUUUAGCUAAAUUUUAUGGAUUGUAUUCAAUAAGUAUAGAAGGAUUCUCUUAAAUUCAUUUAUUACUUAUGGAGAACAUUUUUGAAAAAAUACCUAAAGAAAGAGUAGUUUAUGAUUUAAAAGGAAGUCUUGUAAACAGAAAGUAACAUGUUAAACAAAGCUAAGUUGUUGAUCUCACUAGUUCUUUUGCUUAAUAUUUACCUUAAGAAGGAGUUUUAAAAGACCAAAAUUUCAUCAAAUCUACAGAUAUAUUUAUUCAAUUAAAAUAAUAACAUAGAGAUCAUUUAUUUAAUAUUCUUAAAGAUGAUAUUGAUUUCCUUCUUAGAAAUAAUAUUAUGGAUUAUUCAUUGCUCAUUGCUGUAUGUAAUAAUAAAUUUGAAAAGGGGAAACGUAUAUAUUGUAAUAGUAGCAAAUGUUUUUGUUUUGGUUUGAUUGAUUAUACCUAAAAAUUCACAUUCAAAAAGAAAUUGGAGUACUUUUAUAAGUUUCAUGUAAAAAGAAAAGGCUAACAAAUCUCAUGUGUUGAUCCUUAAUUUUAUAGUUAAAGAUUUAUUUCAUUCGUUAAUAGUAUAAUUGCUAUUAAUGAAUGGGCAUGA